AUAUAUAUGACUACCCACCUCUCCUGUGUCCAUCUUGUUCACAAACAUUAGCUCUCUCUACUUUCUUCCAAACAAAGUAUGGAACAAACAGCCCACAUAGCAAUUAUACCAAGUCCGGGGAUGGGUCAUCUCAUCCCGUUGGUGGCCUUCGCCGACCGCCUUGUCCGCCACCACCACUUCUCCGUCACGUUUAUUGUUCCGACCACCGAACCAUCACCACCCAAAGCUCAACUUGAGGUCCUCAAAGCCCUUCCAAAAGCCAUAAAUUACGUCUUUCUUUCACCAGCUAGCUUCGAGGAUUUACCUAACAUCAGUACCGCGACGCGAGUUUAUCUCACCGUACGUCGCUCUCUUUCGCCUCUCCGUGACACUUUAAGAUCACUGACAUCAACUACUAGGUUGGUAGCUCUGGUUGUUGAUCUCUUUGGCACCGAUGCGUUCGAUGUUGCGAAUGAGUUUCAUGUCUCACCAUACUUGUUCUGCACAUCAUCAGCUAUGUCUUUGUCACAUUUGGUUCACUUGCCUGAGCUUCAUGAGAAGGUUUUAGGUGAGUAUAGAGACCUGCCCGAGUUGAAAAUUCCGGGUUGCAUCCCGGUUCGUGGAAAAGAUCUCAUGAACCCGCUCCUAAACCGGAAAAUCGAUUCAUACAAGUGGUUCCUUCACCACGCAAAACGGUACAAUUUAGCCCACGGGAUCAUUGUGAAUAGUUUUAUGGAUCUUGAACCGGGACCAUUGAAAGCUCUGCAAGCAUUGGAAGAACCUAAGAUGUCGAGGAUCUACCCGGUUGGACCGCUUAUUCAGAUCGGUUCAAGUAGUGGGUCAGACCGGUCCGAAUGCCUGCUAUGGUUAGAUAAUCAGCCAUGUGGUUCUGUCUUAUUUGUUUCGUUCGGGAGCGGUGGGACCCUCUCUUAUAAUCAACUGCGAGAAUUAGCCUUAGGGUUGGAAUUGAGUGCUCAGAAAUUCUUAUGGGUUGCUAAAAGUCCAAAUGAUCGUUCCAAUGCUACAUAUUUUAGUGCCCAAAGCCAAAACGACCCUCUAGUUUUCCUACCAGAAGGGUUUUUGGAUAGGACCAAAGGCCAAGGGCUUGUGGUACCCUCAUGGGCGCCACAACUCGAAGUCUUAAGUCAUGACUCGAUUGGUGGAUUUCUAACCCAUUGUGGUUGGAAUUCAAUUCUAGAGAGCAUCGUUCAUGGCGUGCCUUUGAUUGCUUGGCCACUUUACGCGGAGCAACAAAUGAACGCGGUAUUAUUAACUGAGGAUUUGAAAGUGGCAUUGAGACCGGAAAUUGAUGAAAGUGGCAUAUUGGGAGGAGAAGUCAUUGCAGAAGUUGUAAAGGAUCUAAUGGAAAGAGAAGAAGGGAUGAAGCUUCGUAGCCGCAUGAAGGACCUAAAAAAGGCAGCUGCGAAGGUCCAAGGCGAAGAUGGUUCUUCCACCAAAUCAUUCUACGAAUUAGCCAUCGAGUGGAAGAAUCAGAAAAGCAUAUAAUAAUUAAUCAUGGAGUUUGCUUUCAAUUUUUUCUUUCAUUAUUUUAGUUUGUACGCACUAUGAGUUUUAAGUUUGGUCAUUUUAUAAUUCUGUCAUUUUAUAGUAUAAUAUAUAUAUGUCGUUUUCAUAAA